UUAUCUAAACUCCCAUCCUGCCCAUGAACCGUUCAGUACUAGGUGGAUUGAUCUGCCAUUAUUCUACAAUUGGUCUGUUCAGAUAUCGAUGAAAAUUUUCCAGUGCAUCGAAGUCCAUCUACAGAACUAGGCCAUCGGAUAGGAGUACAUUCUAAAUAAUCAACACAACCUGUAAGUGAUGGCAUGCCCAUUCGCGAGACAUGCCCCACCGGAAGCGUUUCAGCGGCAGCCCUCGAUUGCGGAUGGUCACGGAUGGAAUCUGGACGAGGAUCUGAGUGAAAUUCCAGAUGAUGCCCUCACGCUAACUCAUUUGAACGCGGCCAUUCAGCUGCUGACAGCCCCAACGAAUGAGGAUGUGUAUGAGGCUUUGAUGUCAUUGAUUCCAAAGUAUAGCAACAAGUGGCCUGGACUUGUCAAGUUAAAAACUGACCGCAAUUCGUUAUCCGUCUAUCCUCAUUACGACUACUUGGCAGAUGUUCAGGAUAAUUUAAAUAAAAUUGAUGAAACAUCGGCCUGCAGUAUUCUGAUCCUGCUCGGCGAAGAACUGAUCCACACCUCCUGCGUUGGGUUAAUCGAGCGUGCCUACAAAUGUCUCGGCUCCAAUCUACAGGAAUUUCUCGGAUCUCUUGAUGGAGUGUACGAUGUCCUGAAGCUCCAGGAAGACGAUGUUUCCGAUACGGGCUUCGUGUGUGCCGGCGAAGGUGAGCUGAUCUUCACUUCCGAGCGGCCGGUACUGGCAUGGUUGCUGCUGGGAUGCCUGCAAGCGUUGAGUCGCAUGCUUUUCAACUACGAUCCACAGAUAGAUAUGGAACCGUUGGAAGGUGACGUGCCACGUUAUCGUUAUCUGUUCAAGAUGGAUGAUCUGGAGGAACAGGUUGUUCCGAUAAUCGCCGAAAACAAAUCUACGGGAACGUUGCGAGAAAGUGUUUCGUCCGAUGCGAAGGAUCUGAAAAUGGAUAACGAUUUUUUCUGCAAAGCAUUUCCUUGGCAUUUUAUUAUGGACGAGAAUUUGAAUCUGGUGCAGGUUGGUCAAGGCUUCAGCCGUCUGUUUAAAAAUUAUAUGGCUACGAGUGGACUGUCAGCCCGCACGUACUUUCGGUUCAAGCGUCCCCGGGGACUGUCGCUGAAAUUUCGAGAGAUUGUACGCCGCACUAAUACUCCAUUCAUGAUUUCGCUGCGUGCACCACCGGGUCGUCCGGAUUUUUUCGCUAAAGGUUUAGAAAUUAAAGGACAGAUGGUGUUCUGUCCAGAAUCGAACUCGUUGCUGUUUAUGGGAUCGCCAUUUUUGGAUGGGUUGGAAGGGCUAACUUGCAACGGUCUUUUCAUUUCGGACAUUCCACUGCACGAUGCUACAAGGGAAGUCAUUCUGGUUGGUGAGCAAGCGCGAGCUCAGGACGGACUCCGUCGGCGAAUGGACAAGUUGAAAAGUUCGAUUGAAGAAGCAAACGUUGCCGUUAUAAAGGAACGCAAAAAGAAUGUUAAUCUGCUGCAGUUGAUGUUCCCCGAGGAGAUUGCUGAGAGGCUUUGGCUAGGAUCACAGAUUGAUGCGCAGACCUAUCCUGAUGUGACUAUGCUCUUUAGCGAUAUUGUAGGCUUCACAAGUAUUUGUUCCACAGCUACACCAUUCAUGGUGAUCAGUAUGUUGGAAAGUUUGUACAAGCAUUUCGACGAGCUGUGUGGAUUUUUCGAUGUCUACAAGGUAGAAACAAUCGGGGAUGCAUACUGUGUGGCAAGUGGAUUGCAUAGAGCAGGUAUUUAUGAUGCUCAUAAGGUCGCUUGGAUGGCGCUCAGGAUGAUCGAGACAUGUUCGUUAUACAAUACACAUGACGGUCAACAUAUUAGGAUGCGCAUCGGACUGCACACCGGAACAGUCCUGGCAGGAGUUGUGGGUCGCAAAAUGCCACGUUACUGUUUGUUCGGCCAUAAUGUAACAAUUGCCAAUAAGUUCGAGUCAGGCAGUGAAGCCUGCAAAGUAAACAUUAGCCCGACAACGAAGGCUUGGCUCACUAAGCAUCCAGGAUACGAGUUUCAGCUUAAUCCACGAGAUCCAUCGUAUAUGCCGAAAGAGUUUACUGAUUCUAAGGGUUUGACUUGCUACUUUCUUGAAGGCUACCGACAUCCGACGGUGGGUGAUGGAGCGACACUUCAAGAGCACAUUGAAGCGGCCAUGAAGCAGACGCUACUAGAUACCAAUGAGGUGGUGGUAGUUGAAGACAAGAGCGCAUAAAUUGUUUCGGAAUGAUUUUCUUGUCGAGUUACCAAAAAGAAUAAAUGCCCAACCGAAUAUUAUGAUGAUGUGUAACAAUAAAAUCAAUAAAAUUUGCAUGGAAAGAA